CUUAAUGAAAUAUAAUUUCUCACAGUUCAGCAGAUGGUCAUCGUGGUUUCAUAUUUAAAAGAAACAUGCAAGCCAAAGAUGAAGUGCACAAAGAAUUCAGAAAACUCAGCAAGGUUAAGAAACAUUUCAGUGAUGAAUGUUUCAAAGUGUUCACAGUGAGCUCCAAAGAGUUUCUUAAGCCAAAAAGUCUGCAACAAGAGGAAACUGAAAUACCUGAACUUCAGGCAUCUCUGCAAGAUCUCAACGCUCGUCACUCAGAGACAUUAAACUACGUGUCUGGAGCUCAUGGGAUUCUCUCUCUGAUUCAAGGGGCCAGAUGCAGAGAUGUGACUGACAUAACAAAUGUCUGCAGAGACCUGGAUGAAAAGUUGAGUCAAGAACUUGAUAAAGUCAGAAAGCCAAUGCAAGAGACUUAUGAUGCCUUUGAAAAGUGCCUUAAUGGGGGAGUUGAAAAUUCAAAAUGUUUAUGUGAAAAACACUUGAAGUCAGUCUUAAAACCUAGCAUGAAGGGUGGCGCUUUUCACAGGAUACUGAAGUGUUUGGUUCAGAAAGGCGGCACCCACAAACCAAAGAAAGGAAAACAAAUAAACCUUAAUAUGGACUUAGCUUCAUGCCUGACUGACAGCAUUGACGAGGAAUUCAAGAAGACUUUCCCAAAUGCAGGAAACAGUGGACCAUUCAAGGGGGUCAUCAGUUCCUUUUCACUUGGCACAGAGACGAUGAUGAGAGAGGGGAAGUACAAAGAUGUUGAACUGCAACUGAUAUUUCUCAAGACAGAGGAAGAAAAACUAAAGUCAAAACUCACCAAAAGCAUCCGGGAGCGAAAGAAAACGAUCUACAGCAGUCUGACCACGACAAUCGAAGAAAACAUGCAAGAAUGCUACAGAAAAGCAGCAGACAUUAGAGGAAAAGAUUCACUACAAAAGAUGAGAAGCACUAUUGAGACGCAUGUUUAUGAGUCAAAGAACAUCAUGUUUCAGCGGGCUAAAUAUAACAUGCUGGGAAAGCUGGAAGAAUUGAUGGAGGAGAUCCUGCAGGAAAUGAGAAAAACAAUGCAGGAAUCAAUCGAGCUGUCACUCAAGGCAGAUGAUAACUCACUCCCAGAUGUUUUAGAGCACUUCAAGGUGGUGAAGAACUACAAGACUGAACUGGAGGGAAGCCCAAAUGAAGAACCAUCACUAACUGAUGUCGAUGCACCUGGUCCAGCAGCUGCAGAGUCCAUGAUGUGUGCAUGAUGAGUGCAAAGGUUUGCUCAGUGGAGAGAAUCAGCAGACGUCUGAUAAUCCGCUGAGGGUUCCUGCGAUCACGCUGAUCAGAGAUGUGAUGCCUCUGGUUUGGAUCUAAAUCAUUUUUGUCAAG